AUGACAUCAUGGUCAGGUGACAUCGUUCACUCAAGAGAUCACAGUCUAGGUGCCCUUUCAUUAACACGACGAUGUAACGAAUCUGCGCACCCAGUACAAUGGUAUUUGUCUGGUGUAAUGACAUCACGAGGUAACUCUGUUACGUGUUCUCGCUGUCCAUUUCGUAUGCAACAUGUUCAAUGA